AUGGCCCUGCUGCUGCCCGCCGCCCUCUCCCGCAGCCACCAUGCGAACAACAGCCGCAAUCUGCGCACGCGCUACCGCGACUCCUACAAGCACAAUCGGGAUCAUGAAUACUGCGUAGAGUUCGAGGUAAUCAAGGCUUCGAAGGCCUGCCACAAGCUGCCGCCCUACAAUCUAAUGCUUGAAGGCGAUCGCAUUACGGUGCGCUGUGACCUCGAGGCGCUCGUCCAGGAUGCGGCAACAACUGCAGCAGGUGGCAAGCAGGGCAGCCGAGGAGCAGCUACAACCACAACGACUACAACACGCAAGACCCCAAUGGCGCAGCCGUAUUCGAUGGAUGAUGGCGACGACGCCGAGCGGCUGGACAGCAGCAGCAGCAGCAACAACGAGGAUGACAACGAGGACGACGAGGAGGAAACUACUGAGGAGGACGAUGCUCAGAACAUGCUCGAGCCUGAAGCUGAUGCGGAACCGGAACCGGAAUCGGAACCGGAAUUGGGCAGCAACGAAAGUCACGAGUACAAGCAUCAGCGCCAGUCGCAUCGUCCACGCUCCGCGACGUCCAAGCGAAGCGCCGCUCCAAUCUUGCCGCCGGCGCUCCAACAGCAGCAGCAGAAGGAGCAGGAGGAGCAGCAACAGCUGCUGCUGCUGAGCUAUCAUUGCCGCGGCGAGGGUCUGUCGGGGCGCACGACACGCUGGAGCGCGCUGCCGGCGCCGUCGUGUCGCGGCAAAUGGCUGCGUCUGACCAUCGGUCCGCCCAAGAAAUGCAACCACGCGCAGUUCAUCUUCGUCUAAAGCAGCAAAAGGGCAUUGCGUCGUCGCUUUUU